AGAAAUAUGUAAUUCUCGUCCUAACUCGAUGAUCCCUUCAAUAUCAAGGAGUUGGAGUGUUGACUUUAUAAGCAAGAUCCAUGCACCGGAACCUACGCCACUGUAGGCACCAGCUGGUAGGAAUGAAAACAUCCAAACUGCGCCUACUCCUCUAAUCGUCAUGGCCACCGUUGCCACCAACAAACAUGUUUCGAGCCGAGUUUGCCGAACCUGAUGUAGUAUUAUUUGGUCGUCAUUUAUUGAGUACACAACCGCUAGGUCGGAUCCUCAUAUCUGCGCUUAAGCUCUUGAUUCUUGUUGUUCCGUAACCGGAAGGUCAAAAAUCCGAACCAUGACCAUCACUAACCUUUUUAUAAUCCUGAACCUGGGGUGCGAGAUGUUAUACGUAAUUGAUCAGCGUCUGAAAGCGCAAGCGAUUCCAUUGGAUAAAUCGGCACAAGUCUUACGAGAAAUCACCGAAGUAUUACUGGAUCCUAAAUUUCUUCACUACAUUUCUACCGCCUACCAACAUAACAUGCUCACGGUUCAACAAACAAGGAUUCUCCUUACUGACAUUGCCUGUUGUUCAUUGAUGCGCCUUGAUGUGAAUUCUAUGGAUAAAUUGUGGGAUUUGAUGAUCAUGAUUUUCAAAUGGCAAAUGUAUUUAACAAACAAAAGUGCACAAGCUAUGAUGGAUCUCACAUUUCGUCAUCUUGAUGGAAUUGGUAGGCUUAUUCCUGAGAUGAAGAAACAAAUAUUGAUUGAUAACGUCAAGAAAUCUUUGAUUGAAAUGUGGGAACCUCUGUGUGAAGAUGAUCAAACAAUUGUUCAUCGUCGUGUUUACAAAUGGUUGAAGCCAUACACAACCAAAAUAUCUAUACUUAUUCGUAUGGGUUUACAAAAGUCCGAUGGUGAAUUUGAAUCCGCAGUACACAAUAAUGUAUUCUAUAACUAUUACAUCCACAAUAUUGGUGAAAAUAUAUACUCCAAAACAGCCAACCUUCAGGUACUGAAAAGCCAAAUAGAUCAAUCUGAAAAUGAAUCUAUGGCAGCUAGUUUAGCUAUGAAAAGUCAUGAAAUAGAUACUCUCGUACAACAGUUAAAUAUUCAACAUACUUGCGAAAGAUUUAAUGAACCUGAAUCGAGUACAUCGAAAGUAAAAACAGCUGAACCCAUCCAUAGCGGUUUACAUGAAAUAGUAAUUAAUCAUAAUACAGAAUUAGAUACUAAAAAUGAAAAUGUAACCGAUAAUACUAAAUUAAAAGAAAUAAGCGAAGAAUCUAAUUUGACAAAAUUUAUGAAAAAGAUUAAAAUAGACGAAAGUGAUUUUAUUGUCAAACAAGCAGUCGAAGCAAAUCCAAACGAACAAUUACUAGAAAUGUUUGAUCAAAACCUUGAUGUAUAGUGUAAUAAUUUUAUUAUUUUAGAUUCGUUCAUUAUCGUGCAUCCAAGAGCAUUUGACAGUUGUGAUUGGCAGCAGAUUGACAGUUAAUUUCUUGCACCAUUUUGCAAUUCAAAAGCAUUACAAUGCAGCAUUGCAUUGCUUCACCAUUAGACAGAAAAUACAUAAUUGGGACAUUCAAUUUCUCCAAAAGAUAUCAAAUUUAAAUUUUAUAAGCAUAAGUCAUUAAAGUUUGAUAUACUCAAACAAUAU